UCACGCUGGACACAAAAUCUUUUGAACUUUUUAUGACUAGGCUUCACCAAUAUUGCAACGUGCCCCCUCCUUCUAACCUUCUUGGCGCCGAUCGUAUCGAAAGCCAACCGCAAGGAGGCAGAAGAAGCGGAACGCAGGCACGGAGCAGACGUAUCCAAAUGUGCUGUCAUGAAACUACUGUCGUGCGUACGGUCCAGAUGCCGUCUUCAGCGCGUUCCCCACCUUGACGCUCUGCAUCUUCGCUUCAGCUCGUCAUUUUUCACGGAGCAGCAUGAGGAACUUCGCCGAAGCGUCCGCAAGAUAGUAGAAAAGGACAUCAAUCCGUACGUCGACCAAUGGGAGAAGGCCGGGCAGUUCGACGGCCGCACGCUCUUCAAGAAGAUGGGCGAUGCUGGUCUGCUGGAAAUUACGCGUCCCGUCGAGUUUGGUGGGCUGGGCCUGGACUACAGCUACACGGUAGCUCUCUUCGAGGAGCUUGCCGCUGUCAACGCGAGCGGCGUCGUCACCGGCAUCCUCGUUCAAACGGACAUAUGCACCCCGGCGCUGGCGAGGUAUGGUUCUGACGAGCUCAGGAAGCAGUUCCUAACCCCGUCCAUUGCCGGAGAUCUGAUCGGCUGCGUUGGGAUCUCCGAGCCACACUGUGGUUCCGACGUCGCAAAUAUCAAGACGACGGCGGAGCGAAGGGGAGGAGACCUGGUGAUCAACGGAGGUAAGAUGUGGAUCACCAACGGCUGCCAGGCGGACUGGAUGUGCCUGCUGGCCAACACGCGUCGGGACGGACCCCGCCACAGGACCAAGUCGCUCAUCUGCCUGCCCCUGAAGACUCCCGGGGUCACAGUGGCCCGGAGCAUCAAGAAGAUGGGGCAGCAUUCGUCGGACACGGCGCAGUUGUUUUUCGAGGACGUCCGAGUGCCGGCCAAGAACAUCAUAGGCGAGGAGGGCAUGGGCUUCAUCUACCAGAUGCUGCAGUUCCAGGAGGAGCGGCUCGCAGCCGCCAUCAGCUGUGCGCCCGUGAUGGACCGCAUCAUACGGGAGACGAGGGACUACUGCCGGCAGCGCAAGGUGUUUGGAGCCCCGCUGAUCGAGAAUCAGGUGAUCCAGUUCCGACUUGCGGAACUACAGACGGAAGUGGAGGCCUUCAGGGCUCUCUGCUACAGGGCUGCCGGGCAACUGAUGGAGGGCGAAAACGUCACGCUGCUGGCAUCGAUGGCGAAGCUCAAGUGCGGUCGUCUGCUCCGCGAGGUGGUCGACUCGUGCCUGCAGUACUGGGGUGGCAUGGGCUACUCGGACGAGGUGCUCAUAUCGCGCUCCUUCCGGGACGCCCGGCUCUUCUCCAUCGGCGGCGGCGCCGACGAAGUGAUGCUGUCCAUCAUCGCCAAGAUGACCGGCUCGGCCGACAAGUAGCCCCCGCAGCCUCCCGCUAAAAGGGGGUUGACACGCGCUCGUGGUCGGCUUGGGGCCGUGAGAGGGCACCGGAGGUACUGCGAUAGCCAGUCGCCGGUAUACUCGUUUGCAAGUACGGCCUUAGAGCGCCGCCAUCUUGGUCAAUUGAGGUGCGGCUAGACGACUCAUAAUCCGACGCGUUGCUAAGGCGUCGUAAUCGGAUUAUGACGCGUCCAAGCGCACCCUAACUCAGCAAGAGGGCGGCGCCCUGUGGCCGUACUGCAAACUUGUGUAGGAACUGGAAUUUCAGCAAUUGUCGAAAUUCCCGUAAAGGAAUUUCGGCGACUGCUGUCCAAACUCUAUAGUCUUUCUACGUUUUUCGACUCGUAUCACAUCCGACGCAAUAUUGCCUCGGAUGUGAUACGUGCAAGUACAAUAUAUGCUAUGAAACGCUGUUCCAUAAAUGAUAGAGCAGAGUGGGAGUCCCUCUUUGGUGCUUUGGCGUUGAUACCACGUUUCAUGCGUGGUGUAUACAAUGCCGUCGAAACAACCGGCGCAAGUGUGGCGCUUUUUCUGAAAGGGUGUGCGUGAAGGAAAUGCGGAAUCCGGACGCGCGCUUGUGGCAUACAACUGUAUGAAUCCGAGUUUCCCCUCCCAGGGCUGCUUUUCGGCAGUGAGAAACGUGUGUGGUAUCGAAAUACCGGCAUAUUUUACGAUAGUAUGCACUGCUUGUUGCGCCUUGAGAGCGCUCGCAGGGGAACAGCACGAUCCAGCUCUGGUGAACGAUUUACUUCAACUUCUUUCUUUUCUCCUUUAGCGUUCACAUGCCGACGCGCUUGGAAGGAUCGUUUAAACCUUCAUUUUCGACACUUCUGAUUACGACUGACUCUUCCCAAGUACUCUUGUACUUCCCGGUAAAUUACUGUCUUUAUUGCCUGCAAUUGCUGGAGGUAUGCCAUGCUACUCAAAGUAGUAUUCGCGGUUAAAACGCGACCAGCGUCACUCGGGGAGGUGGUGAUGCGUAAAUAAAGGCCGUUGUAGCUUGCGAAUACUGUGAAAGCUGGAUCUCGGCAACGGACCUCGGUUUUGCUCGCGUUCACCUUAUAUUGCUGCGUAAUGGUGUGGAAUCUCUAUAUACGUUAUAAUAAAAUGAUAUAUUCUGGCA